CUACUGCUACUACCAAUUCCAAUCCACGAGGAAAAGAGAAAAAAAAAAAAAAAAAAAAAAAAAAAAUUGGAGACAGAGAAAUGGGCUCCGAAGAUGCAUCGCGCGUCGUCGUUCCUAGAAACUUCAGAUUGCUCGAAGAGCUCGAGAGAGGCGAGAAGGGUAUUGGUGAUGGAACUGUUAGCUAUGGAAUGGAUGAUGCUGAUGACGUAUACAUGCGUUCGUGGACUGGAACUAUCAUCGGUCCCCAAAAUACUGUUCAUGAGGGGCGAAUAUAUCAGUUGAAGCUGUUCUGUGACACGGACUAUCCAGAUAAGCCGCCGAUCGUGAGGUUUCAGACUCGCAUAAACAUGACCUGUGUAAACCAAGAAACCGGCAUGGUUGAACCAAGCCUAUUUCCUAUGCUCGCUAACUGGCUGAGGGAGUACACAAUGGAGGACAUUUUAAUCGGCUUGAAGAAAGAGAUGUCUGCUCUGCAGAACCGUGGGCUUAGCCAACCUGUGGAAGGCAACGAGGAGCAAAGGAUGGAGGCGAAAGGGUUAGUGCUGAGGUGUUCUAUCCUUUAGCAAGAGAUGAUUCGGCUAAUGUACAUACUAAUUGAGAUGCGCGGCAUCAACGAAGAAGCUAAAGCUUAUCCAGCACUAUUUGGCGAAGCAGCGUGCUUGAACCGGAGACCUAAUGGCUUUCUCACAAUCAAGCUAUGAGCUAGUUGUUGUGAAUAACAGUGCCUUAGGUUAUAGGUGUAUAAACCUUGUUUUAUUAUUAUGUUAUGUGACAAGUUCCUGCUCUUAUUUCCUCAUAUUCAUCUUUGGACUCCCAAUAAAUUGUUGUGACAAAGUUGUUUUGUUGUUUGAGUCUUUUUUAACAGUGUAUGCAUUGUACCUCAAAGUAAUAUACAGUUGAAUAAAGUUACACCAAUAUAUGGAAACUCUA